ACAUCAUCUCCUUGCUGUGUACUGCAGCUGUAUAUCUGUUGUGUACUGAGUGUUGUGAUGCGCUUUGAUGCGUCUUCAAACACAAAGCUACGUCCAGUACCUACGCAGAAUAAUUUCUCCAUCCUAUUCCUACUGAAGGCACAUUUUAGCAUUUCUCUGCCAGACCUCUCCAAAAUUGGUGGGCUUGGGCCAGCGAAUUGGGCCCUUCGGCCCUAUGUGGAUUUGAUAGGGUCUCAGACGAUUCAGGCUAGCAGAAGAAGCAGUUGGGCCCCACGAUGAAAAUAUCCAAGCCACGUCAGCGCGCGGCGGCACAGCCUUCAAAUUGUCCGACAGUUGGGUGGGCAGGAGAUAUUAUGCCUUGGCGUCGCGAUAUUCGAGAUGUGGGACCCGCGGCCGGCCCCAUCCCACACAGUAUCGCGCUGCACCGAGUUAUUCUUGCGCCACUGACAUCGUGCCACGUGUCAAUAAAUCUCCACCCCGAACCCUAAAAAAAUCUUUUCCAGAGAAAUUGUGGCUCAGGUUUCUCGUGGCGUACGAUUGGAUCUCUGCGUGGUCUGUGUGCAUUUGACAGAGAGAGAGAGAGCCAGAGACAGAAUGGAGUUUGGCGUGCCAACCCAAAAGCUCGUUUCGCCGGCUAUUACCCCUUCGAUGAAUCUCCUUGUCUAUAAACCAAUGGCGAACAUUGAAGUAACCAUCGUGAAAGUUGUUAUUGUCAACGACGCGGUCUGUGAAAGAGUGAGCGAGCCGCGGAAUAGAGUCAUGAGAUGGCGGCUCUGGCUGCCCUGGCUUGCUCCGUCUCCAAUGGUUUCAUUUCCUGAGGACUAAUGCAUGGAUAGAUAUUUCCAACAGAGAAGCGAUGGAGACGACCCCUUCGAAAGACCCGGCGAAGGUGCAGGCAAGGAAACCUUAUACGAUCUCGAAACAGCGAGAGAGGUGGAAUGAUGAGGAGCAUAACAAGUUCUUGGCAGCUCUUGGGCUUUAUGGAAGGGAAUGGCAGCGGAUACAAGAGCACGUUGGUACCAAGACUACUGUUCAGAUAAGAAGUCAUGCACAGAAGUUCUUCUUAAAGUUGCAGAAAGGGAUUGGUGUCAUGUGUCUUGGACAUCCUCAUGGCAUAGAGAUCCCUCCCCCAAGACAUAAAAGGAAAGCAUCCCAUCCAUCUGACGAGGAAAAGGUGAACAACUGUUCAAUAAGUUUGGCUUGGCCGAGCACCGAUAAAGUCGCAAUGGAUGCUAAGAAACCAAUGGAGCACGCAACUGUUGAAAGCAUGAAUCAGGCAUUUGGAAAAUGCAACUCAUCUGCUUCUGUUUAUUGUGGAAACAACAAUGCUUACUCUUUCUCAGAGCCUUUACCAAUGACCGAUGAGUCAGUAAAGAUGACUGGAAAAUUUUUGCAUUUGUUUGAAAUGAAUGGGAACUUCACAAAUCCUCAGAUGAAUUUCACUCCAGCAGAAGAAAGGUAUGAAAUACUAAAGAAGAUGGAUGAACCAUUCACAUCACCAAAACACACUUUACAAGGUGAGGAAAGGUACCAAAACAUAGUUUCACCUCAAAUUAAUGGUGCAAAAUGUUCUGGUGAAGGAAUAUCUGCAUCAUUUAUUGAACACCGAGAUGAAGAUGUAGAUCUUAACCUGUUCCUUAAUCCUACAAGAUCAGUAAAAUGCAUGUCAAAAGAUCCAGCAAUUUCUUCCACCCAUCAGGCAGUUCCAUCAACUUCAUUUUAUGAUGAAAAUGCUUCUACUGCAUUGAGCUGCUUAACCACCAACUCAUUUCCCAAGUCUCAUGCAGAAGCAAGCAUUGCUGCUUCAUUACUGGCGCAUCCUGUUGUGGAUUCCUCCAUGAUUUCAGAUACAAAUAUCGAUGUUGGAGGAGCUCAAGAGAAACAUGGCAAUAUAACUCCAAGCAUAUCAGCUAUUAUUGCAGCCACAGUUGAAGCAGCUGCUGCUUGGUGGAGAUUUAAUGGGCUAUUGCCGUCUCCUUUUCAGUCGAGCAUUUCUUCAGCAACACAAACAAUGAUGCAGAAUCUUACAAAGGCAUCCAAAGAUCUUGAGGGUUAUAGUGACACCAAAGGAAACACAAAAUUGCAAUCUUGUACCACAUUAUUAGAACCAUCAUUAUCUCCAAAAACAGUUCAAGAACUGAGAGUUGAAAGGACUGAAAAACUUCCCAACCAAUAUGUGCUCUCGUCAAUAGUUAAAGGAAUUAAUGAAGUUAAUCAGGUUCCAAGAAAAAAAAAGGAUGAUCUUUCGUCAUGUGAUUCGAACACAUCUCCAUUUACUGAAGCAGUUAACAUCAGACAGCUUAGGAAUGCUGGAAGAUUAAACAAGCCAUACAAUGCGCGUCCUAAACAGGGUCCACUUGCCUUUGAAGCUCUAUUCUCUCAAAAGGUGCUGCCCCAGAGCUUUGGAGCUCCGCACAUGGAUUAUGAUAAAUCGGACUUGAAUCUGAAGAAAGAAGCAGCUCUUGGAUUGCAGAUUGACCUUAACAGAAAAAUAUUCACUGAAAAUGAUUGUAACUCUGCCGAGGAGGAAGAAGCUUCAAGCUUAAUCUUGAGACCAGAGGAACGAAUGGAGUAAACAUUGAUCUACCAGCAGAGUUUGUCUUGAACAAGUUAUAGCCAUCCAGUGAAGAGGUUGCUACAGCAAAAUAUUCUCCUUUUUACAGGAUCAGAAGUUGCCUGAUGGAACAGCAUACUCAUGACAUAUUCCACGAAUUUAGUCUCAAAACUUAAUAAAUCAUGGAAUUCUCCAUGCUUAAAAACUACAUAUAUUUAUUCCUUCGCUGUAAUUUGAAAGUUGUUGAUUUCGCUUUAGAAAGAAAAAUAAACAUACUACAAAAACUGUUUGAAGCCUGAAGGGCUAUA